GUAUCUAAAUACGUGCUGUGGCCUUGGAAACGCCGUCUAAACAAAGAGCCUCGCAGGUAGCGGGGCUGAUCUGUCUGGCUGGAUUGAAGAUGCACCGACCCGGCAGCAGCCUCGAUGAAAAGGGGCUCAACUAUAAUGGAGACGCGGGGGGGCACCUCUCCGCGUCCCACGCCAGGCCCGGCGCCACGCUGCUGCUCGCCUCCAAGAAAGCCAGUGACGACGGCCAGGUUCGCCUGGCGGGUAGAGAAUAUUACAGCGAGGAGGGAAAGACCUUCGAAUUGCGACUGACUGGAAAAAUAAAGCAACAGUUAAGCAGCGAUCCCACGCUCCGUCCUGAGUUCCCGUCCUCUCUGGGCCUCACCCAGUUCAUCCAUCGGGCCACAGAAGCUGCUCUGGGGAAGACCUGUCCUGCUAUAAUGGAGAACCGGGUGCUGGGUGUCCAGACUCCUGGUUUCACCGCAGCUGUGCGUCUCGGGGCUGAACUCUUGAAGCACUGGCACGAGGCCAGCAUUGCCUGGUUUGGGCCCGUCUAUUUCUCCGCUCCAUGUGACGACUCGCUGCCUGAUAUUUUCCAAGCAGCGGGGAUCCGAGACGUGAGCCAGUAUCAUUACUGGGACGCCGAGCAGCGGGGCAUUUGUUUGGAGAAGCUCCUGGAGGAUUUGGAGAGGGCUCCUGAGCAGAGCGUGGUGGUUCUGUCGGCCUCUGCCCACUGUCCAACCGGAGCGGACCUCUCUCGGAGUCAGUGGGCUGCGCUCGCUCAACUCAUGCGGAGGCGCGGGCUCCUGCCUUUCCUCCUGCUGCCCACUCAGGCGCUCUGCACCGGGGACGCGGAGCGGGACGCCUGGCCCGUGCGCUACUGCGCCUCGCAGGGGAUGGAGCUCGUGUGCGCCCAGUCCUUCUCCCACUGCUUCGGACUCUACGGUGAGGCCGUGGGCCACCUGCUGUGCGUUCUGAGGCGGGGCUCCCCCUCGCUAGCCGUGCGCCGCCGGGCCGACAGGACGGUCAGGUCCCUGUGGGCGCAGCCGUCCGGAGGGGGAGCGCACGUGGUCGCCAGCGUGCUCAGUAACCCGGCCCAUCUGGCUGAAUGGCAGGAGGAAGUCAAGCGCAUUGUUGAGAGGUGCAGGCUGAUCAGGGAGGUGCUGAGAGCAAGGCUGAGGCUGCUGGGAACGCCGGGGUGCUGGGACCAUCUGACGCAGCAAAGGGGACUGUACUGUUGCACGGGCUUGAAUGGUCAGCAGGUAGACUUCCUGUCACAGAGGAGACACGUGUACCUGCUUCCCAGCGGCUUCCUGAACGUGAGCGCAAUCAACGGCCGCAACCUGGAAUAUAUAGCCGAGUCCAUCCAUCUGGCCGUGACCACUUGUGAUCCCGUGGCUUCGAUCAGCGUCUGAAAUCAGUGUUAAGGGCCCAUUCAGCUUCACUGAAUACAUUCAGAUGAAACGUCCAGUAUCGUCUCAAUGAAAUGCUGAAAAUCUG